AUGGUAAGUGAAGAAGUUAAAGAGCUUGCAAGAAAAGAAGAUGCCUUACGAACAACUCAUACACCUAAAGGGGUAACAAAGAAGGAGUUACUUGAGUUGCUCAUGAACUAUCCAGACGAUGCUAUUGUAGUUGUUGAGUGCUGUAAUUUUGACAAACUUGAAUACGAGGCAGGAAUCCAGUUCAAUGGAGAGCCUGCCAUCAUCAUCACCAAGAAAGCCUUGGAGGAGUGGAGAGACCACUAUCUAAAGACUGCGGACGAGCAGAGGCGCAAGGCAGAGUGUGAUGCUGCUUAUUUCGGCAUUUUUAUAGGCAAGGCUGAUACUCUCAUAGAUAUACUCAAGCACUUUGACUAA